CGGUGACGUGAGCCCGGACUCGCGAAAGGGAAUUAUUGGUAGGAAAUACUCCUUGCCUCCUGCCAGCAAGCGACGCACUCGACCCCAGGGUCCCCUCGCCAGAACAACCGCGAUCGUGGAAGCACUAGAAUUAUUGGGUAAAUUAUUCGAAACAGGGAGGGGGUGAUUUUGGCAAACGCCGGGCACGUUGCCAUCAAAAAGCUCGCCUUGCGCACGGCCUCUUUUCUCUCCCUCCACCAUCUCCAGUCGUCUUCUGUCGUCCACCCGGCGCAGAUUCGGCGCACCAGGCCCCAAAAGCCAGCUUACGACUCACGAUCCGCCUAUAUAUCUGCCCGUAUCCCACCGUCCGCCCACCCUCCGACGGUGCUAUCUAUCGGGACUGCUUUAUUGCUCUCUUUAUUCUUGUCUCUGCAACACAGAACAAGGCCCUAACUUACUGUUAAAUGAACGACGCAGUCACGAUCUCAACCCCGACGUUAUUUGGCACGCAAGACUCUCUUCUUUCGCCCCUCCAUCUCACCAACACCAAGGAAUCUAACCUAGAGAAUUGGCACCCCCAUCUGACCGUCUACCGUCCGAUUCCUCACAAAAACUCAACCAAGAUGCCGUCCCGCACUGACAACAGCGGCAGCGCCGAGCCGCUCAACGCCAGCCGCUGGCGCGUCAACAGCAGUGGCCAGCUGGUUUCCUCCGAGCCCGGCUGGGACCUCGCUGACGAGAUCGUGCGGCUCAAGAUCGGCGACGUGACCGGCCAAAACGACAACGGUCGGACGCGCACUCCCCCCAAGUCUGUUGCCGCGAGCAAUGCUGUCGCCCAGAUGACUGAGUCCAGCCCGCUCGACUCAUCGUCUGCUCCUAGCGUUGACUCUUCACCCGAUGGGUCCACGCGCGCCAAGACCAUCCCUCACUCGCGUGAGACGUCUGGCGACGACGAGGCCGCUGGUUCGCCGCCCAAGGACCAGAGCAACGACAACGGGCGCUCUCAACAGUGGGACGCCAUGAGCCCCGUCGAUCAGCCAUCCUACCCCUCGCUAAUGGCGCAGGCCGCCCCGCGUCAGCAGGGUGACUACCGUUCUCCAGUCCAGGGUACCGAGGCCGCCAACGGCGACGACCUCCAGAUUGACUACAGCUUGCCCCACCGCAACUACAACCCGAUCCCCCAGGGCUCGCCCAACUUCGCCAACGGCCGCCCCGCUCCUGCAAACGUUCCGCCCGCGUAUCGGCAGCCUCCGCCGCCCCGAGGCUAUGCGGCGCACGGGAUGAUCCCAGCGUCGACGGGCAUGAUGACUUAUCUGGGCAGCCAUCAAAGUUCUUCAUCACUCGGUAACGGCCAGCAGAUAUAUGACAUGAUGUUGCCUGGAGCACCCGAGAACCACCCUGCGAUCGCCCGUCUUCAACAGCAGCACAACGUCUACCCUCGCUCUCACCAGCGUUCGAUCUCGGACUCGUCCAACGUCCCCGACCAGGCCACCCUCGCGCUCAUGACGGGUAACAUCCCCAUCAUCUACCCCGGCCUGGGGCACCCCGUCUGGCCUGCGCCUCCUUACGGACCGGGGGCAGACCCUUACGGUCGUGUCACGGAGGCACAGGCGCUGGCUGCCGCAGCCAGGCUUCAGCAGAGCUACAAUGCUCAACAGUCGUACGUCCCUCUUAGCGUUGGCCCUAGUCCCGUGGGCGAUGACAGACGGUCCAACGCUAGCUCUAACGGUCCAUCCGCGAACAACCGCAAGUUGGGUCUCUACAAGACAGAGCUGUGCCGCAGCUGGGAGGAGAAGGGGACGUGCCGCUACGGCGCCAAGUGCCAGUUCGCGCACGGCGAGGAAGAGCUGAGGACCGUGCAGCGGCACCCCAAGUACAAGACGGAGAUCUGUCGCACGUUCUGGGUGUCGGGGUCGUGCCCGUAUGGCAAGCGUUGCUGUUUCAUCCACACGGAGCUGCCGCAGGGCGCCGCAGGUGCUCCACCCCCCGCAGGUGCGGACGGCAAUGCGAAUGGCGCCGCCCAGCGCCCGGAUGCACGGGCGCGCUCGGGCAGCACGAACAGCGAUCCCUCGGACGCACCGGUGUCCCUCCUUGCGCGCAUCAAGCGCGAGAACGCCCCGACCACGCCCGUGGACGUCAAUUCCGCCAGUGGCCUCCUGCGCCCCGGUGCGCUGCGCGUCGACACCUCGGCCCUCAACCCGGAGAUCAACAAGCAAAACAAGUCCGCCUACCCGACGUUCCCCGGGAACAACAUCAUGUUCUCCCAGCCGGAGCCCGUGAACAAGCGUAGCUCUCCCGCUCCGGCGCAGGGCCCCGUGACUGCUGGUCCGGACUUUGGCCGCCACCUCAGCGCGCGCUUGAACAUCGUCGGCUCGAAUGAGCAGCGUCCCGGCCACCGCCACACGCCGUCCAACUCGAGCCAGCAGGGUACCGAAGGUCUCACGCCUGCGAACCAGGGUCACCAGUAUUCGCUCUCGGGCGACGGUGGGCGCAUCAACGGUCACGUCCGCGGCAGCAGCGCCGGCAACUGGGGUGCCAUCGCCCGCGCCAUGGCCCCGUCCCCGGCGCAGUACCAGAGCAGCGCGAGCCCCGUUGGCGAGCGCCCGAUGAACUCGCCCUGGACGACGACCGAGCUCGUCCCCGGCGGGGGCAAGAAGACGGCCUGGCCUUGAUCACGCCACGGUCCGCGGGGAGCAUGUUAUUUUGAUCUGUCAUUAUCCUCUUUGUCUCUUGGUUGCCUUGCCCGGGCCGCGCGGUCGGACGGACAUCGUCUUUUUCUCCAUCUCAUUCCUUGCUCCCUCCCCCUCGCCACUCCCCGCUUGCCCUGCUGAACGAAACGAUGACACGACUCGUAUCUCUUUUGAUUGUAGGAAUAUCCCGACUACGCCGGUCCCUGCGCGCCAGCCGCUCGCGCAAAACGGGCGAAGGCGACGCGCACGCCGGCGGUCUUGAUUGUUUAUUACUACUACUGCUGCCUCGGUUCUGUGUUCUCUCAUCGCAUCCAUCGUCUCUCACCCAUCUGCAACAAUGUUUUUAUUCCACUUCAAUACAUAUUUUGCCUGUGUUCUGUCUUUCCUAUAUCCUCUACCUCUGCUAUACAACGAAGUAUCCUUAUUCUUCACAAGCAUGUCGGAAGGGGUGCAAUAUAUGACUAACGAUUUGUUGACGAAG